AUGCUGCGGCUGCUGGCGGUCUGCGUCGCCGUGCUGCUGCUGCUAUAUGGCCUGAAGGUCGCCCUGCUGCAACUGGUCGUGCCGAUGGACUCGCAGGCGCCAUUAGACCUCCUUGGUAUCGGACGCUUCUCGUCAGGCCCCCGCGCGGACCGUGUCGACGCGGACGACCCGCUGGCAGGCGCGGGCAUCAACAGCAGCGCCCUGCGCGAGGGCGCGGCGGCCUACCGCCGCGGGGAUGACGCGACGGCCGUGCAGCGCCUGCGCGACUGCCUUAGCAGCGCCGAUGAGCCAGCGGGUGCCCACGCAGCCUGCAGGACCAUGCUGGGCGAGAUGCACCUGGUGGGCGCGGGCGUGGCACAGAACCUGACGGAGGCCACUCUGCUCUUCCAGGCGGCCGCAGAGGCGGGCGACGCAGACGCCCAGUUUAACCUGGGCCUGCUGCAUUCCACCGCGCACGCAGAGGGGGACGACGUCUACCGACAGGAGGCGCUCGCGGUGUUGUACAUGUACGCGGCGUCCACAGCCGGCCACCCAGGCGCGCUGAUGGCCAUGGGCUAUCGCCACCAGCACGGCUAUGGGGUGCCCAAGGCGUGCACUACCGCGGCGCGCAACUAUAUUGAUUUGGCCAAGAAGGUCGCCAGCAUAUACAGUGCAGGCAUGCCCCAGGCUGUGGAGCUCAUCCGCCUCAAUCUGAAUUCGAAAGACCAUCAGACGAUCAGCCCGUCGGAGAGGAUGUUUUUCGUUCAGUUGGCCUCGAAUGGAGAUCUCAACGUAGCAUAUGCGAUAGGGAAGCGUUGGCUUCUGGGCAUUGAGGGCUUCGGGCAAGAUUAUGAAAAGGCGAAACAGUACUUGACUUUGGCAGCCAAUGGCAACCAUCCCGGUGCACAAGGUCUAUUGGGCUACAUGCAUUGCCUCGGUCUGGGAAUGCCGCGGAAUCUAAAUGUUGCUUACGGAUACUUUGUUUCGGCAUCGCUUCAAGGGGAUCCGUUGGGACACAACGGCCUGGGCUACAUCUACUUCCGCGGCACGGGCAUACAGGCCAGGAACUACAAUCUAGCCUUUCGCCACUUUAAUGAGUCGGCAGUCGCAGGCUCCAGUGAUGGCAUGUUCAAUUUGGCGGGCAUGUAUCUGACUGGCACAGGUACCAGCCAGAGCUUCCACAUGGCCGUGAUGUUUUACACACAGGCUCUGGACCGCGGCCACACGCCCGCGGCCUACUCGCUAGCGAUAAUGCACCUGAACGGCAUUGGCGCACCUCGGAGCUGCGACAUCGCAGUGAAGCUCCUGAAGACCGUUUGCGACCGAGGCACGUGGAUCACCAACAAGUUGGCGGACGCCUACGAGCUUGGCGAGACGAAGCCUGAUAGGGCAGCCCUGCUCUUCCUGAAGCUCGCCGAGGCGGGGCACGAGGUCGCCCAGAUGAACGCGGCGCACCUGUUCGAUGCUGGCCGGUCUUCCAUCUUUUUCCCGGGGAACGCGUCAGCAGAGGACGCAAGGUUCACCGAAGAGACAAGACAACACAGCAGAAUCUUGGCGCAGCGUUAUUACGAGAUGUCCGCAGAACAGGGUAGUGCGUCGUCCCAGCUGCGACUGGGAGACUACGCGUUCUACGGAUGGGGAGUGACAGCUUCAUUCAAGGCGGAGGACGACGAUGAGGAUGCCGACAGCAAUGACGGGAUUCUUUCGAUGCAGGCCAACACCGAGGUGCAGAUCAGGCCUCAGGCUGUUGACUAUGAAGCUUCGCUUGCAAGGUACAGGAAGACGGCUGAGAUGACGGUCACCGGCAUGUGGAUGCAGGGAUUUGUGGCCAGAGGGCAUUUCAACAUGGGCUUCAUGCACCAGUUUGGCCUGGGGGUGCCCCAGGACUUGCAGACGGCGAAGAUGUACUACCACCGCUCCCGCGAAGUGGACCCCGGCGCGACCCACGCGCCGGUCACGAUGGUGCUCAUGUUGCUCGGGUGGCACAUGAUUUUCCUGCGGCUGCCGACGUGGCCGACGCUCGCGGAGCGCCUGCUGGCGGACGUGCGGGUGCACAAGCUCGCCCUGCACCUGGCGGCCCUGGUGGUGCUCGCCGCCGGCAGCGCCCACUUCUCCAGAGCCCGCCGCCGGGCGCGGCCGGCGCGCCGCUCGCGCCAGGACGCCGCGCCCGCGGCGCCCGCGCGCGGCGGCCCCGCGACGUAG